UCUUAGCAACAUUUUCAUCUCUCUUGUGCAUAAAAAAAAUAGAAAAGAAAAGAAAUUUUCAUCUUUCUCUGCCGUCUGCAGCACUCUCAUAUGAUAAGACUAGAGGUUCUUGUUAAAGUGAAAGUUGGUCUUAUCUGCAUUGCCCAAAAAUGAGAGAAAACUUGGAUGAAAAUGCUCCUAACUUCACUUCCAACCUUCCUGUUCCUGCCCUGAAGCUCCUAGAUUGCUCCCUUAGGGUUUCAGUGAUUCCUCUUAGCAUUGCAACCAUUUGGCUCACUGUGACAAACAAACAAGACAACAUCAGCUAUGGGAAGCUAGAGUUCAGCAAUUUCACGGGCCUCAAGUACAUGGUUUGCAUCAGCACCAUUUCUGCUGCAUAUGCUUUUCUUGCAACUAUGGCCUCAUGGAUCAGAUGCUUGGUAACUAAAGCUUGGCUUUUCUUUGUCUCUGACCAGAUUGUGGCUUACUUAAUGCUCACAUCUGGUGCUGCAGUUAUGGAGAUACUGUCUUUGGCCUCCAAUGGCGACAGGACAGUCUCAUGGAGUGAAGCUUGUAGUUCUUAUGGAAGAUUCUGCAGUAGAAUGAAGGUGGCCUUGGUUCUCCAUGCCCUGGCCCUUUGCAGCUUCAUUGUCUUAGCUGUGAUUUCAGCUUAUAGGGUCUUUAGCAUGUUUGAGCCACCUGCUGUUUCUCAUAAAGAGGUGGAUGAAGAGAGGACUUAGAUGGGUUUUCUUCCAUAAAUCUGAAGAACAUAAAAAGAAAUAUGAUAUAUAUAUAUAUAUAUAUAUUUAUAUGUAUAUCUAUGAAAUGAUUAGUUUUGAAGUGUUUCCAAGUAGUUGGAAUGUCUGUCUUUCCAGAUUAAAAUAAAGGUCUAUGCUUCUAACACAAAUCAUCUUGUUUGA